AUGUUGUACGUUUCCGCCGACCGCGGCGCGUCGCGCUGGUACGUCUACCAGAGCCCGCAGCAGUCGUGGCGCCUGUGGGGCGACGAGAAGAGCGACGACGCCGUCUGCUCCGUCUACCUCAAGAAGGUGCGCUACCAUCACCCGGGCCGCACGGCAGCCGACAGUGACUCGGAUGAUGAGAUCUCGCACCUGGAGUGGGAGACGGUGCGCGUGCGGCUCAUCAAGGCCGGCACCCUGCAGCGCCUGGUGGCCUCGCUGGGCUCGCACUCGGGCGAGCUGGACGCCACCUACAUCACCAUCUUCCUCGCCACCUACCGCAGCUUUACCAGUGCGAGGGCCGUGGUCGAUCUCAUCAUUGAGCGGUACCGAAACCUCAGCGAGGAGGAGACGGACGAACCGAAUCCGGAGGAGCACAAAAAGUCGCUGCGGCUGGCGAUCAUGGUGUGGCUGGACUCAUACCCGGCUGACUUCCGGGACCACCCGGACUACCCCCUGAUGCACCGCAUCCUGGAGUUCUGCCGCGCUCUGCGACCAGAGACGUCGGAGCUCGAGCUCAAGGUCAAACACAAGCUCGAGAAGUUUGAGAAGGAGGAGGAGAUUAAAGCGUCGCCGAUGCUGCAACGGAUCCUCUCGACGGAGGAGGUGCGCUGUCUCAGUCCAGUGCAGUCGGAAGUGCCGCCGCUCACCUUCCAGGAGAUCUCCGAGAAGCGGUUCGCUGAGCAGCUGACCAGGAUGGACGCGGACCUGUUCCAGAAGGUGAUCCCGCACCAGUGUCUCGGCUCCAUCUGGUCCAAGCGAAAGGGCGUGGACGCUUCCUCGGUGGCCGCCACCGUCGACCAGUUCAACGCCGUCUCGUUCUGCGUCAUCUCCACCAUGCUGAUGGACACGACGUUGCGGCACAGUCAGCGCGCCAAGCUGCUCGCCAGGUGGAUCGACAUCGCUCAGGAGUUGAGAAUGCUGAAGAACUUCUCCUCGCUGAAAGCGAUCAUUUCUGGCCUGCAGUCCAACCCCGUGUAUCGGCUGAAGCAGACCUGGAUCGCGCUCUCUAGGGACAAGUCUGAGCUGUUCGACGAGCUAGCGCGGAUCUUCAGCGACGCCAACAACAUGCUGAACCAACGUGAGCUGCUCAUGAAGGAGGGCACGGCCAAGCGAGCCGAGGCGUUCGGCGAGAACGACAAACACUUGCAGAAGUACCACAGCCGGAACGCGUGUAACCACACGGUGAGUCACGGCACCAUCCCCUACCUGGGCACCUUCCUCACCGACCUGAUGUACAUCCACGCCGGCAUACCGGACUACACGGCCGACGGGCUCAUCAACUUCGACAAGCGGCGCAAGGAGUUCGAGAUCCUGGCGCAGAUCAAGCUGCUGCAGGGCGCCAGCAACGCGUACAGCAUCGCCCGCGACCGGCCGUUCGAGCGCUGGUUCGACUCGGUGCUGGUGCUGGACGACAAGGAGGCGUACGAGCUGAGCUACCAGAUCGAGCCGUACGGCAGCACGUCCAGCGGCAGCGGCUCCAGUCGCGACAAGAUCAUGCGGAAGAAAGUCGCAUUGGGUCACAAGAAGCACGACAGCCUGGCCAGCACGUCCAGCAGCUCGUCCAGCCAGUUCCUGGGCGAGAUGGAUAGCGUCAGCUCGCCGAACGAGAGCAGCGGCUCACUGGAGCGGCACGCCAGCGUGAUGUCCACCAGCUCGAGCAGCUCUUCAGUGCCGUCCCUGGACGCCUCGGUGACGUCAUCGGCCACCAACCAGUCGCAACAGAGCGCGCGGAAGCCGGCCGACUGGCAGCAGAAGGCGGACCCGGGCUCGCCGUACAUCACGCCCGACUUCUAUAUCAUCCGCGUCACCAUCCGCACGGCGGCGCACGAGACCGAGGGCAUCAACCUCUACAAGUCCAUCAUGCUGAGCAACAGCGAGCGCACGCCGCAGGUCAUCCGCAACGCCAUGAUCAAGCACGACAUCGAGGGCAACACCGACGACUUCGUGCUGGCGCAGCUGCUACCCGAUGGAGAGAAAGUCGUUCCCGCGAACUGCAACGUCUACUAUGCGAUCAACACGGCCUAUGACCUAAACUUCGUCCUGCGGCCUAAGAAGGACGCUGCCAGCGCCGAGUCGCAAAGAACUAAGGAGUCUAAAUCAAAGAGGAAGCUUCUAAUGCUUCACAAAUAGUCGCCUAGGCCGCCCGGUGGGCCGCUUUUGAUACUUAUUUUCGUACUCCAGUGCAAAGCAUCAUCGACUGUAGAUAGAGCUCAUUCCAUCAUUGCGUGUUCGGCUCGCCCGUGAGCGGCGUUCCGUCAGCCGAGAGGCCACCAAAGACUGCCUGCGCCCGACCGCGGCGGCGGCGGCGGCGCGUCGGCCAGUCGCCGACCCGGCGGGCGCAGGGCGACCAGCGGGACGCGGGGCUGGUAGUGUGUGAUGAAUGGGCUGGAGGUCGAUGCGCGGAGGUGAUCGCUGCCCGUGGACCCCGCACCGCCAGAUGCUCAUCCGUUGUGACUUCGUCAGAGUUGUGCAAUUCAGGGUUAUAACAUUGACGGUUGUUACCAGGCCGGCGUGCCUGCCCCGGGCCUCCGCACAACAGAAGUGGCGGAGGCGCUGGCCGACGGCGAACAGUGCCCCUGGUGCGUACGCUGUCGCCUUGGAAAGCGUCCACUGUAAACGUACUUGGUUCGCGUUGUUGUUCGUGAUCUAUUCCUGUGUUUUUGUUCGUCAAAAAUACAGCUACGUACAUAUGCG